AUGCCGAAACAAAAGACUAUUGGCAUCCGACAGCCCGAAACACAAUAUGUUGAUCGAUAUGCCGUCCGGAUUGUGGCGCUGAGUACUUCUGGCGACAUUGCCGUUAUCUAUGCUGAGCAAGGCAACUAUUAUAAACUUCCCGGUGGCGGGAUCGAAGUAGAUGAAGAUCAUCAUAGUGCCGCCCAGCGCGAGGUCGAAGAAGAAACUGGGGCGACCGUUUCCUUACGAGGCACUGGCUGCAUAGCUACGACCGAAGAAUUUCGCGACGACCUCCAUCAGAUCUCUUACUGUUACAUCGCUGAUGUUCUCGACAUUUCCGGUAAUCCCUCUUUAACAGAAGAAGAGCGCAUCGAUGGGCUUAGCCAUCGAUGGAUGCCUGUCAACAAAGCCUUAGAAACCAUGAACUUGGCUGAACCAACAUCGGAGCUUGGUCGUUACAUACAAACGCGCGACAUUUAUCUCCUUGCUGAAGCUAAGAAGGCCCUGGACAAUGAAAAUGGACAGAAGCUGGCCCUGAUGUGA